UCUAACGUGCCACCCUGAAACUUAAUCGAUAUCGCUAUUCCGUUAGGCCCGGCUCCUCUACUGUGAUAUUUUGCCGCCUCACUUGUUCCGCAAUAGUUGUGCUAGCCCUUUUGUGCGAGUAAAGAUGUUGCCCAGGCAUCUUUUACGGGCAAUUCAGCCCCUACGAUCGUCUAUAAUCCGACCGACCUCGAUUCUGUCCUCACAAACACCUGCCGCUCUUGAAUGUGGCCGACCAACCCUUAUCUCCCACCGACUCAUUACUUCCACUGCGGACGAAUCCUCACAGCAAGCAGAAUCUCCUGAAUCGAGCAUCCGACCAUCCGCCGACCCUCCGUCUCUCCGCACCUACCCCUACACCCUGAAACAAGGCAGAGUCGUUUCGGCCGGCCGUAUGGACCGUUGCGUUCACGUCGACGUUCGCCACACAAUUUGGGACGACUUCCUGCGAAAGUCGUACCCCAAGAUCACCAAAUUCAGAGUCUCGGAUCCGCGAAAUUCUCUGCGCCAUGGCGAUGUCAUUGAAUUCUCAUCCGGGUACCCUAAAAACCGUAACGUGCGCCAUGUUGUCGAGCGGAUCAUUACGCCGUUUGGUGUCUCUAUUGAAGACAGGCCUCCCGUCAUGUCAAGAGAAGAGAGGGAUGCGCUGCGCGCUGAGAAGAGACAAGCGAAAUUGGCGCGCAGGGAGCAGAGAAGGGCGGAGGCUGGUAUUCCCUCUUCUGAGACGCCUGGACACGGAAAGGAACAUAUUGGACGUAUUCGGAAGCUGGUCUUGGAGAGGACGGCCGGUGCCUCUGCGCCUACAGCUGGUGAGAGGUCGACUUAGAUGAAGUUUGGGCAUGGGCUGUAUUAUAUUGUUUUAUUAUUUUACAUAGGUUAUGUGUAUGGUUUACUGGGAACACCAAUCAAGCUAGAUUUCCAACGGACUCAUAAUACUGUUAAGAGGAGAGUUAAUGAUCCCACUGCUGUGGGUGGGUUAUAUAUAAGGGAAUGUACACCGUGGGUGACAGAACACUGCAUUUUCUUGCGGGAUGGUAACAAAGAGUACUAUCAAGUAAAUAUCAAGCAGU